AUGAAUCCUUCUGCAAGAAACACUCUGUUGAACAAUCACAACACCACCACUACCACCACCAACAACAACCACAACAGCAGUGCUGGAUCAAUAGGAGCCUGCAGAUCCGCUUUGGUCCGAUCAUCAUCGGGACCGACCACAUCAUCGUUUGGAAAUUUAUUUCAUACCACUUCUAUGAGUUCUUCGUCCAUUAUUGAUGGUAAUAACAAUAAUCAAAGAGUUGGAUCAAAUCCUUUUCAUAAUAAUGAUUCAAGGCAUCAACAACAAAUUGGAAAUUCAUUUUCAGCCGCUCAAAACUCAAAUAAUAUUCAUCAGACACAUAAUCAUACUUCCGCGGUUACACCUGCAAGUUUAUUUUCAACGGUUUUUUCCCAAACCACUCUCAAUAAUGUAAAUUCUGUGGUAGAGGACGAGAAUCAACUCAACCGACAGUUUGUACAAUCUGCAAAUUCCGUUGCUCAAUUUUACACCAUGUCCCUGCAAUCGUACAGAAAGUCACACCAACAAGGAGUUCGGAAGGCGAUUCGUAGAAUUUCAACCAUGCUUCUUCAAUAUUGCAAUUUGCAUCAUCAGCACACCCCUCUCAACACGCCUUAUUCCAAUAUUCAAAUUCCAGUUGAGACUAUUCUUGGCUUUCUUAAUCAAGUUUUGCAGGAAGAAAUUUCAUCAACUCAACACAAUGGUGGUAAUAAUAUAAAUUCUACUGUGUCUGCGUCCUCCCAUACCACUUCACCUUCAACAUCGGCAUCACAACAACACCAUCAUGCAACUUUUACAAAUAGUAAUAUGGCUAACAAUUCUUCAGAUUGUAUGCAACAUCAUCAACGGAACGUUUCUCUCAAUCACAAUGCAAAUUCACAAGCAACACCCUCGAACGACGUCACCACAACAGCAGCUACUACACACCCCUCUGAAACAGAUUCCAUGAUGAUAAUAACCAACUCUGAUAAUAACCAAAUUAGUGACAGCCCUUCUGUUCAAGCAACGGAUUGUAUCCAUGCUUCUAGCAGCAGUGGCAAUACUCCUAAUGUUGAUUCUACUCAUAAGUUGUCUCCUCUCUCUGGUGACACUCAUUCUCCAUCGAAAGCACAUUCGAGUAAUAAUUGCGAAGGAGCCAACAUGUCACCUUCUGUGGCUUCUUCAUCUGCCACUACAUCAACGAUUCAAAACACCACAAAUACUGAAGCGGCGAAUGGUAGUACUCACAAUACUAUUCCUCCUCAUCCUUUUUCCUUUUCAUUCCAGUUCUCGAGUCCCUCUUCUCAACCGAUCGUAACAAACCCUUCAACGUCCUCUUCCUUCGACCUUAAUUUCUCCUCUGAUUUUUCAUUUGCAAGUGCCUUAAUGUCAGGAAAUGUGUCAACGCUGCCGAACCGGCAUCAUCAUCGCUCCAAUAAUGGAGGUCUACAUCCAAGAUAUCAUUAUACCUUCCCCUCUACGCACAAUACUUCCCUUAAACGAAGUGCUGACGAAUUUUUAGGACUCAACAACGCCUGUGAAGAUGAUGAAGAGGAGGAUGACGUUCCAACAUUUCUCUUUAGAACGAUUAAUGCUUCUUCUAAUAAUGUUGACACAACUGUCAACUCUACCACAAGAUUGGAAAGUUCUACCUUGGGCAACCUUAGUGGCGCUGAUCACUGCCCUUAUCCCAACUCUGCCAGCAGUCAUUCGCUCGACAUUUCAGCAGGAGACAUUUCUCAAGAGCUAAGUCCUCUUACCCAGUUUUUUAAAAAGAAUAGAAUUUAA